AUGACUCCAGAUGCCUGCGUACAGUCACUGGCAUCGCGGCGUCCGAAUACCUCUGCCUGUCGGGAAACAGAAGUGGCUAUUGUAAGCCAUCUGAAAUGGCUGCAGAGAGGCUUUAUCACGGUGGCUGGACGCCUGCAAUUCGCCGAGGCCCCCAGCAGCUGCAGGAACCCGGACGGCGACGCCGCGCCCUGGUGCUACAUCCGAGGCGCCGCCGGGGUCCCCGAGCGGAGACCCUGCGACAUCGCCCCGUGCUCAGAUGCUACAGCUGCCACAGCCCCAGUCCCCACAGCAGAAGUUGGUACUUCUCAGGAGGUCAACCAGGUGUUUGAACCGGCCGAUACCUUGCCCUCCCGGAGCGAGGCAGCCGCUGUGCAGCCCGUCAUUGGGAUCAGUCAGAAAGUGCAGAUGAACUCCAAAGAAAAGAAGGACUUGGGGACACUAGGGUAUGUGCUGGGGCUGAUCAUGAUGGUGAUAAUCAUUGCCAUCGGAGCUGGCAUUGUCCUGGGAUACAUCUAUAAGAGGGGAAAAGAUCUGAAGGAAAAGCAUGAACAGAAAGUUUAUGAGCGUGAAAUGCAGCGCAUCACACUGCCACUCUCAGCGUUCACCAAUCCUGCCUGCGAGCUUGUAGAUGAGAACACAAUCGUGGUGCACACCAACCAGACGCCUGUGGAGGACACGCAGGACGGCAGUGGCCCGCUCAUGGGGCAGGCGGGUACUCCUGGUGCCUGAGCAGCUCGGGCGGGAGCGAUACAGGCUGAGCAAAGCCUCCAGCUUCCCUCUGUGAGUGCGGGGGUUGCGUGCGUUCAUUUCUAUUUUGUUUUCUUUUUGAUGAAAGCCAGAUGAAGGUGAUGCAGAGGGACAGAGCAACGGGCUAUUCAUCAUGAUCUGUUUGAGGGACACCAUUCAGUGCAUGACCAGCUGGGGACUGGUGUGGUGGACCCUGCUGCUUCCUCCCACCUAUCUCCAUGGCGUGCCAAGGAGCUGGGGGGGAUGAUGGGCCAGGCUCACAACUGGCCACAGAUCCCGUAGCCCGGAGCGUGCUCUUGGCUUCCUCUUUUUUCCUGUUCCUUUCCUAUUUAAUGGUGUGCACUGUUAUUAAGUUUCAGCCUGGAACCCCAGGAGGGAGCAGUACUGCAGGGACU